CUGUCGUGAAGCAUUUGUGCGUCAGGUUCAGGAGUUCGCUGGAGAAGGUUGUUACGGCAAAAAGAGGGUACAAGGUGUGCGAAUAUUGGAAAACGAUGAUGUUGUCCUCAUUUUAACAUUAUUUUGGCUACUCGUUUGGUCCAUCGACAGUCAUCAUUUGAAUCGAAGAACACCGUUUAUCUCAAUCUAACCAUCCCAUCCCGUACAGGAGCCUCCCGAGAUGACGAGAGAUCUUUGCGGUGUUUGCGAUAAAAGCCUCAUGUGAACCGGUUUGCAGAUGACGCGGAACCUUUUUUUCGUCUGCCCGGUAAAUAUAUAAGCAGCAUCAAACGUCGCCAGUCAGUUGGUGACUCAUCUCGCGCGGAUCGUCGCCAUGUCUCUCUGGUGGAAUUACCUGGCCCUGCUCGCCUUCGCAGCCAGCAUCCUCGGGGCAUUGACGUUCCCGCAGCACGACGGGUGGUGUCCCCAGCGCGACCAGCAGUGCAUCAGCAUCCUCAGUUGCCCGCAGUUCCAGACGAGAGCCGACGUGCUGUGGCUACAGCCGCGGCCCUGCGGGUUCUCCGGCACCACAGCGCUGGUGUGCUGUUCGGUGGCCCGCGCCGGCCCGCUCACCGGCACGCCCUCGCCGCUGCCGACCUCCUGCGGACGCACCAGAGUCCAGGAGUUCUUCUUCCGUUCACACAGUGCUCCGACCACGAUUCUUACUCCGAGCAUGUCUGAGUUCGGAGGAGACGGCGCAGGUGCGUUCGCCGUUGGCGGGGAAAACGCUCAGAUUGGCAAGUGGCCGUGGAUGGUGCUGUUCGGCCGGUGGACGGACGCCAGCCUGGGCAACUGGUUCUGCGGCGGCACCCUCAUCACCGACCGGCACGUCCUCACGGCCGCCCACUGCCUGAGACCGGAGGAGGCGGGUAACGUCGGCACCCACAUCGGCGACAACGACCUCAACCUCCAGUUCGAGGUGGAGCAUCAGGUGCGGAACGUCUCCAGGAUCGUGCGCCACCCGCAGUACCUGGGAUCACAGAACGACCUCGCCGUGGUCCGGCUGGCGACUCCAGUGAAGCUGACGGAGCACGUAUCGCCCAUCUGUCUACCACCAGCUGGCGCCGAACACAUCGGACAAGACGUCGAGAUGGCCGGCUGGGGUCUGCUCGAGUUCGGCGGGAACGCCUCGGACAUUCUGCAGGAGGUGGCCCUGCGCGUGGCCGACCCGGCAGUCUGUGAGACCGCCUACCGGCGCGUUCCGCAGUUCGAGACGCGCUUCCCGGGCGGCUUCCAGGGCACCAAGGUGUGCGCCGAGAGCCGGGACGGCGAGCCGCGCGACGCGUGCCGCGGCGACUCGGGCGGUCCGCUGAUGGUGCGUCUGGCGGACGACACUUACCAGCUGGUGGGGGUGGUCUCUACGGGCGUCGGCUGCGGCAACCCCGAGUUCCCCGGGCUCUACACCAAGGUGUCGUCCUAUAUCGACUGGAUCGUCAGCCAGCUCAUCUGAAGGGCACUAGGGCGGCAGGUGGGGUAUAAGUGGAAGCUCUGACUCAAUACACUUCUUUUUCAUAAGCGUU